AUGAUCAUGAACAUGCCCACCAAGAAAAGCCUAAUGUCGGAAUCCUCUACCGCCGACCACGAGCCCGCAAUGCGCUCCAACACUCAAUCAGAAAGCCCCAAUCACCGACGCGAGGGGGACGGCAUUGCAACGGAGGGGCAGGACACGGACGAGGCAGAAAGCUUGGUGUCGAUCAAGUCAAAGGAGCGCAUCUCCAUUGCGGCCAGGAAAUAUACACUGCAAGAAAUCGAAAUUCUGACUGCCGUCUCGGACACUCCCUCGCCACGCCUCACGCCGUCAUCCACAAUCGCCCAUGACCGAAGAUUCAUUACCCUUGUCGGACCACCACCGCCCGCUGCAGAAACGGUCAAGCCCGAGACCUCAACAUCAACACCACCGGCGAAGAAACCAUCAACACUGUUUCCCUCUGUGGUAGCUCCUCCAACCACCACCACCACCACCACCACCACACCACUAGCACAGAAGCCGUCCCAGUCACCGACGCCGACUUCGCAAAGCACGAGCACUCAGCAGCCAUCCCCUGCACAGUCUGAGGCUGCCCGCAACGGCCAGCAAGACCCGACGACGGCAACGACGACGACAAGCUCAACACCGACGCAAUCCCUCGAAACAUCCCUCUCCCUGGUGCAGCCUUCUCAGCGGCCCGAGAAGCAGCCAGAUUCCGCACCGGCACCCGUCUCCACGCCACCGGGACUAAGCCGUGGCGCAGAAGUCGGCAUCGUCAUCGGAAGUAUAGCCUUGGCAGCGGCCAUACUGUGCGCCGCCAUCUUCUACUACUACAAGCGCAAGCCCUCGGCCAACAACAUCUUCACCAGCCGAAACAAGAACCUGACGCCGCAGCGGGCCAUCUCCAGGCCGUUUCCGCAGCAGGACGGCAGCAGAAGCAGGCCCUCGCCGACGACGACGAGCCAGAUGCAGCAGACAACGUCCUUCGCCAGACGGCCGGUGCCGCCGCCAGCGGUGGUGGUGCUGUCGCCCGUGCCUACUGCAGCGGCGGAGAGGACGUACCCGCGGGGCGAGAGGCCGCUGCCGCCGCUUCCUACGCGACUGUCGUUGACUGGAAGAGGUUCAAACUCGUAUAACCGGCUGCCCUGA